UAUCCUCAGUGCGAGGUGUGUUUCUGCUGUCAGCAACGCUGAGCCAGGCGGUUCAUCACUCCGCUGACAAGACCAGCAAAGUGAAUUUCGAUGGAGAGAUUAAGACCGAGCAUCUCAUGCAGGACUGCUUUAUGCUGAACUGUUUAAUGGGAAUGCGUCAACUGUCUGCAGAAACUGUCUCUGAAUCGCCUUGGCCCUUGGCUGCGGGGCUGUAAGCAGCUACCAUGACGUACCCAAACACCAGCAUACUGACAACCAACUUCAGUGGAGCUUUCGACAGCCAUGACUCCGGGGGAAACAUCUACCGGCCCUUUUCGGUUUUCAGCGUGCUGACUCUCACAUUAUUGGCAAUGCUGGUGGUGGCCACCUUUGUGUGGAACUUGCUGGUGCUGGUGACCAUCCUGAGGGUAAGGACAUUCCACCGGGUGCCCCACAACCUGGUGGCUUCCAUGGCCAUCUCCGACGUGAUGGUGGCCGCCCUGGUCAUGCCGCUCAGCCUUGUCCAUGAGCUGAAUGGCAGGUUGUGGAAACUGGGUCGCGUGCUGUGCCAGGUGUGGAUCUCCUUCGAUGUGCUCUGCUGCACAGCAAGCAUCUGGAACGUGACAGCCAUUGCAUUGGAUCGCUACUGGUCCAUCACAAGGCACCUGCAGUACACGCUCAAGACACGUAAAAAGAUCUCCAAUGUGAUGAUCGCACUCACGUGGCUGCUGUCCUCAAUUAUUUCCCUGUCGCCUCUCUUCGGCUGGGGGGAAACCUACUCAGAGGGAAUGAAGUGCCAGGUGAGCCAGGAGCCGUCCUACACAAUCUUCUCCACCUUCGGGGCAUUUUAUCUGCCGCUUUGUGUGGUGCUGUUUGUUUACUGGAAGAUCUACAAGGCUGCCAAGUUUCGGAUUGGCUCCCGCAAGACCAACACAAUAACACCCAUGGCUGAGGUAAAGGAAGAAACACAGCAGCCCCAGAUGGUGUUUACUGUGCGCCACGCCACCGUGACCUUCCAGACAGAUGGGGACACAUGGCGCGAGCAGAAGGAGAAAAAGGCGGCGCUGAUGGUAGGCAUUCUGAUCGGCGUGUUUGUACUUUGUUGGAUUCCCUUCUUCAUCACCGAGCUCAUCGUUCCGCUUUGCUCCUGUGACAUCCCACCCAUCUGGAAGAGCAUCUUCCUGUGGUUGGGGUACUCCAACUCUUUCUUCAACCCGCUCAUAUACACCGCCUUUAAUAAGAACUACAACAAUGCCCUGAGGAACCUCUUCUCCCGGCAGCGCUGAGCCACUCUGCACGCUCGGCAGACACACCAACAUGCACUCCACAGUGUUACUCCUCCAGACAGAAAGGGACUAACCUAUCUGUGUCCGUCACUCCAUCAUCUCUCAGAUGGAUGACAACCGGAAACUAAAAAUGUGUCAUUUUUAUUUAAGUUUUGUUGUAUUUAUUACCAUGCUGAGGCAACCUCACAGCUAGACUGAGGCGGGUGUCUCAGCUGUAUCUACAAACAGAGGAAUAAAUUGGUUGUGUUGUGGCAGUAGCAGAUAUACUGCUGUUUCAGACUUAUUAGAGAGGAUGGCAUUUUAACUCCCAGAUAAACAGUUUCAUCAUCAUAUGUAUCUGAGGCUGCUGGGAAUAAUUUCAAAGUAUAGCUGGAACAAAUGUUCAAGAAAAAUCUUUUAGAACUUAACAAGAAGAACCUCAUAAAUAAUAAACCAAGAACAAAAUGUGGAUUCUUUAAUAAACUAGAGCACAUAGGGCUUAUAAUCGUAGAUAACUUUUCAAGCUAAGAUAUUGAUUUGGUUAUAGAAAAGAAGGAUAGAAAAGAUCCAGUGAAGCGAGUAAGUGUUCAGCAACCUCUACCUUUUAUAUAAAGGUCCCUGACUUCACAUGCUGUUUAUUCGUAUACUUCUGGAUAAAUGUACAAUAUAUUUCAUCUGCUAUAUACCAAUUACCCUUGCACAUACACCUACAUGCUCCCAUGUCUUUUAUGAAAGCAGGGAAAUAGCAGAACACAUUAUCAUUUCCAUCAUCUUUGAAUAGAUGCAUUGUUGAGAAAGUGCAGCCACACAUGAUCAUAUGUCACAGACACAGACACGUAAAGUAAAUAUGAGAUACAGAAGAUGUGUGGAUGGUGUAAAGCUGUUCACAGCAUUUUCAUCUGUAGCCAGAGAAGUCAGUAAAUUGGAAAAUAAAAAGCAAGGACAUGUGUUGCUUCAAUGAGAAAUGCAUGAUUUAAGGUUUAACUUGUGGCGAUAUAGUAGGGGGAUUAUGGAAUUAAGAAAAGCUGAUGUUAACCAGUACAAAUGAUAAUCAAUGAGCUCAGCACACACAACAUAUGAUUCAGUUGGUCUAAUGUUUUCCAGUUGCGUGACUUUAUCAGUAUCAGACUCCCCCAAAUUGCCACUUUCUACUUAAAAUGCUCAACACUGUAGAAUCAGUAAGUGAACCUUUAUUUUGUUGUGUAAUGUACCGUAAUGUGAGGAAUCAGGUAUACGAAAAAGGGAUCCUCAGAAAACAGUUGUGAUAUAUAUCAGUGAGCUACUGUUGUAGAACAACAACAAAGAUUCUUGCACAAAAUCUAAUUAAAUAUGACAUUCUCUGGAUAGGAGAAGAUUAAAAUUAUUUAGUUCAUUUAAAAUUCUUCAGAUAAACUAAAGUAUUAAGUGUUAUGUAUGGCUGAAAUAAGCUAAAUAAACCAUUUAACAAGACUUAAGAGUCUAAAGCCACGUUAGCUGUGCUAAUGUGAGCUAAACUAGCUAACUUAGGCAUGAUAUCUAUAUGAACAUGCUGAUGUUUAGAAGGUUUAAUGUUAAUUAUGUUCUAAUUUAUAUGUUCUUUUGCUAAUUAGCACUAAAUACAAAGUACAGCUGAGGCUGAUCUGUAAGACGGUAGAAAUCUUAAGUGUGGAUUUUUCAAUUCAGGCUUAAUUCAUAUUUAUUCUGUAUGGUUUGUACCUGACCUCAGCCUUUUACCUUGAUUUGAACGUUUACAUUAUAUUUUAAAUUAUGUCCAAGCACUUACAGGCUUUAAAUGUCAUGGUUUAUGAAUAUGAAUUUGCCAUAAAAGAAAGAAAGAAAGAAAUAAGUCAGGCCAUACUACAUUAUCAAGUUGAAUAGAGUAAUGUAUCACAUUGAAAAAACAUGAAUAUAUGUGAAAAGAAAAUUAGCCCAAUAAUUGUAAUGCUGGUUCCAAUGAUUUUCUGUGGUAAAUAAGGAAAUGCAUGGAAUAUUGAAAUGAACAGUAAUGGUAAAAUAAAUUACAAUGGUGUACAGCAGAAUACACUUAUUUAAAUUACUUCUGACUGCUCUCCAGAUUGCCUGAAGAUGGUUGAUUAUUCCACCUUUGCCCCUUGUAGGUUUUCUUCUGUGUUAUGACCCUGCUCAGGAAAUGUGUGCAGAAUAUGUGUUGGUAACCAUCCAUCCCUGUGGACAUUUUUCAUGUUUAAAAGAGGUAAAAAUGUGGACAAAUACCUUCUUUAGAGGCACUUCUUGGAAAUCCAUACUUCAUAUUAUUCAUACCGUACCAGGAAAAACAAUUUUAAAUGGUGUAUCGUGUGUAAUUGUGUCAGUGUAUUUUUUCAGUGUGUGCAUGUUUUCUUCCACAGAAGCCUCAAUGAUAAAACUUACAAUAAACAAGGACUUAAUUUGUGAUACCCAACGUCGAGCCUGGCAAUUUGACAAGAAAGCUUAUGAAAGUAACAGCUAUUCAAGUUGAGCCACAAGGCACAUUAUUUAUUUGCUAACAGUUGACGCACACACACACACACUCGUUCACAAACACGUGCACACAUGCCUGCAUAUACAGAAAAGGGAAAAGAAAGCAUGACAGAGAAAAAUAAUUCAGUGUUUUAGUUUUGAUAAAACAUGUAUUUUCAUGAGGAUCAUUGCCCAACUAUUGGAGGUCAUUUUAUAAACAGGCAUUGGCGUGUCCUAUCUUUCUGGUGCCAUUGCCAGCACAGACAUUUCAGAGCCAGGAGUGAGCCUGCUGCUGUUCAAAGGACCACAUCCAUCCAUGUUUUCAGGGAAGACAGCAUGCAUGAAAAUGUGGCUUGGCUAAACUGACUUAGGAUUAGAACCAAAUGCCUCUGGCAAGGCAAACCUGUGCUUUAACUGCUGAGUUUUACAGAAAUAGAUGCAACAAGCAGCCUCAUCACACAUGAACAGUGAUAGAAUGUAAAAAUGAUGGGAAUAUGCGGCCAAAUACAGACACGUGAAGAAUUUAAUAGCAAAAUAUUUUUUAUUAAACAUGUUUUAACACCAUAAACAGCACCUACUGUAUGUAUAUGUGCUAUCUGUUUGCAUUUGUACUUUUUUUAUAUAUAUUUCAAAUAUGUUGUGUAAUAUUCCAGUCAGUUUACAUGUAAAUAAAUAUAUCCCUA